UUUUUCAGUUUUUGUUUCAUUUAUUGUUUGGUAGUUUGAAAGCGAUGCGUAUAAGCGUGGUAAUAAGAAUUAUCAUUGAGUGAUAUCAAUAUUUUUCGUUUUAUUUAGACAGUGGGGUCAGUAAAUUGUUGAUCUCGUUAAAUGUGCGUUACAAAGCGACCCAAACCUCUGAGUGAUUACGUUUAACUUUGUUUUCCGAAUUUGAAAGUUGAUUUUAAGUACUGAACUGAAAAUGAGUGAAAAUCUUUUGUUGACAAGCAGGCCUGGUGAUGUCAAAGUUCAAAUCCAGUCGCCUCAACCGAAAAAGUUAACGCACUUACCCGAGAGACCCAAAGUGGACUUGGCCUUUUCGGAUUUAAAUUAUACCGUCAAACAAGGGAAACAAGACAAAACGAUAUUGAAAAAUGUCAGUGGCAGGCUCAGGUCGGGGGAGCUCACCGCCAUUAUGGGACCGUCGGGGGCUGGCAAAUCCACCCUCUUGAACAUUUUGACCGGGUUCAAGACCGACGGAGUACGUGGACAGGUUUUAAUGAACGACAAGGAAAGAGAUUUAAGUCAGUUCAGAAAAUUGUCUGCUUAUAUUAUGCAGGACAAUCAACUACAUGGAAAUUUGACGGUGGACGAAGCUAUGACUGUUGCUGCAAAAUUGAAAAUCGGGGAAAAAUCACGACCCGAAAGAGAGGACAUCAUAUCAGAAAUAUUGGACACAUUGGGACUAAUAGAUCACAGAACGACAAUGACGAGCGGCUUAUCCGGAGGUCAAAAGAAAAGGCUUUCAAUUGCCCUAGAGCUCGUAAGCAACCCUCCGAUCAUGUUUUUUGACGAGCCGACCAGCGGGCUUGAUUCUUCAUCGUGUUUUCAGUGUAUAUCUCUUUUGAAGACACUGGCUAGAGGCGGAAGAACUAUAAUAUGUACAAUCCAUCAACCAUCUGCCAGACUUUUUGAAAUGUUCGAUCAGCUGUACACCCUUUCGGACGGCCAGUGUGUCUAUCAGGGUUCGACAAAGAUGCUUGUGCAAUUUUUGGGCAGGUUGGGAUUACAGUGUCCUUCAUACCAUAACCCUGCUUCUUACAUUAUUGAGGUCGCCUGUGGCGAAUACGGAAACCACACCAGAAAGCUUGUUAACGCCAUCGAUAAUGGGAAAAACGAUGUUCGGGAAGGUAAACCCCUACCCGAGUUGAAAAUAACUGACAACUUAAAUAACGCCGAGAAAUACGCCCACGAUAUAAAAAAUACUAUCGUUGCCUCUAAGUUCAACAAAGACGAUAAAAACGCGAAAGUUUAUAACGAUACCACCAUUCCCGCUUUGCCACAGAAAGUUUUGAACAACGGCGUUAAAGACGAUCAUUCAAAAGAUGACGUAGAAAAGGCUAAUGCUGAGUCUGCUUUGCUCGGCGAUAACGCGAUGCCUGUCAAACAACCUAGAUAUGGUAACACUGAACUUCAGCAGUUCUUCAUAAUUUUGAAAAGGACUUUACUAUUUAGCAGAAGAGACUGGACCCUUAUGUAUCUGCGACUGUUUGCCCACAUAUUGGUCGGUUUUCUGAUUGGCGCGCUGUAUUUUAAAAUCGGCAAUGACGGCGCUAAGGUUCUCUCUAAUCUUGGAUUUCUGUUCUUCAAUAUGUUGUUCUUGAUGUACACUUCGAUGACCAUUACCAUUCUGUCUUUCCCGUUAGAAAUGCCGGUCUUAUUAAAGGAACAUUUCAACAGAUGGUAUUCUCUAAGAUCCUACUAUUUGGCUAUCACAUUAUCUGACAUUCCGUUUCAGACAAUUUUUUGCGUUAUCUACGUGACAAUAGUAUAUUUUAUGACUGCUCAACCUUUGGAGGCAUCCAGAUAUGGAAUGUUCCUUUUGGCAUGUUUGUUGGUAUCCUUCGUGGCGCAAAGUAUUGGACUCGUUGUGGGCGCAGCCAUGAAUGUUCAGAAUGGUGUAUUUUUGGCUCCAGUGAUGUCGGUACCUUUUCUGCUCUUCUCUGGUUUCUUUGUAUCAUUCGACGCCAUACCUGUGUAUUUAAGAUGGAUCACCUAUUUGUCUUACAUAAGAUAUGGUUUCGAAGGUACGGCUUUGGCGACAUACGGAUUUGAUAGGUCGAAACUUCAGUGUUUCAUUAGUUACUGUCACUUUAAAUCUCCGUCAAUUACCCUGGAAGAGCUCGACAUGAUCGAUUCGAGUUAUAUGGUGGAUAUUGUUGCGCUGGUGGUAAUAUUUAUAGUUUUAAGAAUCGCGGCGUAUGUAUUUUUGAAAUUGAAGCUGAGAGCGAAUCAUUAAAACUGCAACAAUUAUUAUCGUAUAUUAGAAAAGACGUCUGUAUUUACAAGUAUAUCAAGUAGGUGGAAGUAGUGCAAAGCAAUUUUAUUAUAAAAUGUUGAAGAAAAUGUUGGAGGUUAAACUUACAAAAGAUUUAGAUCUUUAUGUUCGAUAGGUGAGAUAGAUGAGUUUCUAAUGUGCUGUAGUUUAGGGGCUGUGAGAUAUUAAGUUGCAAAAUACACUUGCCAGUUGAAAAAUUGCCGACUUCCAUGACUAUUCAUAAACAUUCUUAGAUUGUAGGUUUGUAAGUUAGGACUACGUAGGUUGCUUGUUGAAUUUUGUCUUACAAAGCUGCAUUGAAACCUUUAAUUCGUUUUUUUUUUACAUCUACACAAAUGAAUCACAUAAGGUUUACAGUUCAUGUUAUCGAAGAUCUUUGUUAUAAUAUGGACCAUCUUAAUGUUUAGAAUUUUAUAUAACUUAGGUGUUAGGUAAAUAAAUAUUUUAUAUAUGAUGUACAGGGUUACAAAUAAAUUAUUUUAAAAUA